AUGGUAGCGGUAUCGAUUGGAGGGGAGGGAAAGCAUGCUGUGCUCACUCGUAUCGCAGCGGUAUCGAUUGGAGUGGAGGGAGAACAUACAGUGCUCAGCCGGGUCGCGGUGGUAUUGAUUGGAGGGAGGGGAGUGCAUACAGUGCUUAGCAGGGUCGCGGCGGUAUCGAUUGGAGGAGGAGGGAGAGGGAGACGUGAAGGAGACCACGACGGCGAGGCGCGUGGCGGACAUGGCGUCCCGACCCGAUCGGCAGGCCGAUACAGCGAGCCGGCAGGCUGA